AUGAGGAAGAUCAAUCGUCGUGCGACGGUUUCAACAGAGGUUGGAAUCGAUGACAACUGGGUUGAGCUGAAUGUACCUGAACUCGCCCUCCCCACGUCUGCACCAGCGAUCGAGGCAUCUGCAAACGGUCGGGCUAGCGCACAUUUGGGACGAUUUGGGGCUGCCUUGUCGAAUGUGGUUCCCCUUAGGAUCCCCCAGGUUGGCUCGUUGCACGCUCAAACGGCGAGGCACACCACGAGGACUAGCUCUACCUCCAACGGCUCCAACAACCGGAGAGUUUGGCACGGGGAACGGAAAGAAUCGACUAAAACGCUGAGCGCUGCUUCCAAUAUUGUGACGGCCUUUAUUCUUACACCUAAUCCUGGCCCACAGCGACAGACGAGGAGUAACUGGUUUAAUAUUCUGCCCGAGGAGCCCAGUGAACCUGUCGAAGAGCCUGAUGAAUAUGCCGGAGGCAGCGAAGGAAGCUUUCUUUCGGACGGCGACAGAACUGCGAUCGACAGCGAAAUGUCCCUAAGCUUUGGCUGUGUAAGUAGUGGUACUCUCGAUACCGAAAUUACCUCAACCUCUCCCACUUAUCGUCGACCCGGGGCCCUAUCGCCUAUCCAAAUCCCUAGUAGUGCUUCGUGUGGUAGCCAGCGAGCUUCGAGCCUCCCAUUACCCAACGAAUGUAUUCAAUCCUAUAUCCCAGAACCAAGUCAAGUUAUAAUGAUCGAAUCAAGAAACCCUCUAUUUGAAUCCCCCGCACCAUUCACGUUUACAUCCACAUCCACACCUACUACCACCAGCUUCGGCAUUCAACAGCAACAGCCUAGUACAAGUAUGACCUCGGCUCGCUCUAUUUUGGAGGGUCUUACUAGGCUUUUUGAGGCGGUCGAUCGCCAAAGUAGUAUCGGCUCUAUCCCUUCUCACCCAAACGCUCGAAACUAUCCAUACUUUUCGGAUUUCCCUACUCCAGUUGAUGAUCGUGAGUGGGAUAUAUGCAACCUAACUCCCGCUACCGCCGUAUCUUCAUGGUACACCGCCGACUCACGUGAGCGCAAGCUCCUCAUAAUCGGGAGUGGAUAUGAUUCAGAGAAUUUCCGACGAGCCACGGCCGAGACAAACGCAACUCUAGCCACCUUGAGCCCACUUCGUGGUGUCUCACACGACGUCAAGUCCCUAACCUCAGUUUUCAACAAACGUUCGUUCAUAGUUGAAAAGCUAGUAGGGGAUUCGUUUAACGCCCAAGAUGUACUCGAUAAGGUGAAGGAGUUUUUGAGCGAUGCGAUCGAAGGCGACGUUCGUGCGAUCGUGUUCACAGGCCACGCAACAUGCACCCAAGCGGACGGAAAAGUUGCUAUUGUUCCGCCUUCCGGAUGUCAUAGGACAUCGAAUCCGGACGAAGGACUUAUUAGCGCUGACGCAUGGAGGGAGGCCGUCAACCAAAGCACGCAGCCAGGCGUGAUCGUGUUGUCGAUCUUUGCGAGUUGUUUGUCCGGUGGCAUAAUGGACCAGCCUAUUAAUAUACGGGACCUUAAUGGUCCGGUAACGACCGAGGCGGCUCUCCCUAGCUCUCAACUCUCUUCACCGGCUCCAAUAUUCAUCACUUUCGCAUCAAGUCAAUUUAAUCAAAACACCUACGAAUCUAUAGUUGGCCCCCCGAAGGACCUGAAGGACUUGAAGGACUCGAAAGAAUGGAUAGACCAGUAUAGAUAUGGCGACCAUUUCCUCAGAGCGUUCACUCUUGCUGCCCGUGAUCCUCGUGCUGUCGAUUGGGAAAGGUUCAUUCGAGUUCUUGAAGAUAAGCUUUCCAAGUUGCGGAAUAUUGGUGCAUAUUGCGCAGAAAAUGAUCCAGACGUUCGGAAUUUUAAUUGGCUGGAAGAUCAUCCACAAGUACCAGUGUAUGGCUCAUCAAAAAUAAACAUACCGGCUCUUGAAGAUGUCCUACCUUGGGAGAUUUCGUUGUUCAAACGCGAGUCGCCCACGCCAGGACUCUCAAGAUCAAUCAACGUUGCUGAGGAAUUUCUUGCGCAUGUUUCCCUUUGUGGUGAGACUCCCGAGAUUACGCACUACACGUUGCCGACGCCCAGUAAUGUGGUUCCUCCAGUGAUUCUAUGA